AUGGCCGACGGUGUCGCCAGUACAGCCAGACCGAUCACUCGAACAACCGCCGACGGUGGCCGCGCUUGUGAUCGAUGUCGACGCAUGCGCCGUCGUUGUCAGUACGAAGACGUCGCGACGUCGUGUGUCCUUUGCCAUUUUGCCAGAGUCGAUUGUACCAAGAUCUUGGAUCCGCCGCCGCGGCCGGGGACGAAGAAGCGAAAGGCGACGGAAGGAGGAGCUCGCGCAACCUCGGAGAUGUCCGUCGAGCCAGCUGCUGUGCGGACACUUCCGGGCAUGCAAACAGGAGUGGCAGCGCCCGAACAUGUGGAUGACUCCCUUGGCUUGAUCUUCAAUCAAUUCUCCGAGCUCUAUGGACUCAGCAGCGACAUGGAACCCAUCUUGAUGAGACAUAGGCCGUAUCAUCCCGCACACCACGAAUUCCGUAUGGAAACGCAUGCGAUUCGGCGAGUGCUGGCACGCGACAACGGAGUGGAAUACCCGUUGACCUUCCAUAUGGUUUCGGAUACCAAGGCGAUAGGACAUGAUCAGGACGCGUACUUCAGUGAUGCGAUUGAGCAGUGCGUACAACCGCACGGACCCCGGCUGGUAGAUCUCUUCUUUCGCAUCGCGCAUCCGUCAUAUCCAGUGCUGGAUCGGGAACGCUUUCUCGGCGAAUACAACAAGUCCUAUAAACAUGUCUUGCCGGCACUACUGGGAGCAGUUUACCUGCUCGCGUUGAACUGGUUCAAUUACGACCGGGAACUAUGGAUUCGUUCCAAGCCAGAUACAGCUCCUCUCCGCAAACUCGUCAUCGAAGCGGUACAGAACUCCUAUCACCGACCAAAGUUGUCGUGCGUACAGGCUAUGCUACUUUUUCUCCAAUGCAAACCUGAAGACCCGUUGAAUCCAGAUCAUACAUAUGCGCGGUCUUGCACUUCCCAGCUUCUUGUCGUUGGAGAGGCACUGGGUUUGCACUUGGACGCGGAAGGUUGGUCAAUACCUGCGUGGGAGAAGAAACUGCGGAAAAGACUGUCCUGGGCGUUGUUUAUGCAAGACAAAUGGACUGCGGCAGCCCAUGGCCGUCCCUCACACAUCCAUUACGAUGAUUGGGCGGUGCGAGAUAUCACGCUCGAUGAUCUACUGGAGAACAACGCACAAGCUAUCGCUACAGAAGAAGGAAGUACCAAUGUAUGGCAAGGGUUAACAGAAUACCGGGAGAUGGUGAAGCUGAGUCAGAUCACGGCGGAUAUUCUUCAUGGGUUCUACACGGUUAGGAGCAGCGUUGAACAGGAGACGGUCAAACUUUACCUUACUGCAUUGCCUGUAUUGGGUAAGCUGGAUGGCUGGUAUGCCGAGCUUCCAGAUGAGCUGCGAAUGGAGGCCUCGGGCAUGCGUCUCCUCAGCCCCAACGGCUAUCUUCACCUUUCAUACUUCGGAACACGCAUGACUCUCCUCCGCCGUAUCAUCCGUUCUACAGCGCUUCCACCAGUCUGUCGUGAUACUCGAGUCCUUACAGAAUCACGCGAUCUGGCACGACGUACAGCCGAUGCGGCGAUUGACUUUGUCGUCAAUCUGCGUGCUGACCACCUUGAGGCGUUCUGGUACUUCACCACUCCCUUCAUAUUCUCCCUUAUUGGGUCUUUUGUUACAUUACUUCUCGUGACUGCGCGAUCGGAGUCUGAACGUGCGCAUUGGAGGGAGAAAUUAAAUCGGUACUUAUGGUCUCUUCGACUGAUGGGGAACGCCAGUGAACCUAUGCGCUAUGCUGGGAAUCGCUUGGAGGGCGCCAUUCUGAGAGGUUUGGAGCACGCCUUGGCGGUUGACGUGGGCCCGAGUCGUGCGCCGACAAGGGCAGCCUCCCCGGAGAUUACGUUCGAGGAUCUAGGAAGUGACUUUGGACUGGAAGGAUUCGACUUUUUGCAGGGCAUGCAUAUUGAUUGGAGCUUGGUGAUGCCCGAGCAGCCGAAUUAG